CCCUCAUCAUCAAUCAAUAUGCAGAUGUCCGAGCCACUCAGCCAAAAGAAUGCUCUCUUCACGGCCAUGAACCGCUUCAUCGGCGCUGUCAACAACAUGGACCAGACGGUAAUGGUGCCGAGCUUGUUGAGAGAUGUUCCACUGGAUCAAGAGAAGGAGCAGCAGAAGUUAUCCAAUGAACCCGGUUGCUAUUUGCUCGAUGCAGAGGCGGACAUGUACAGCUAUUACUCCCAACUCAAGUCCAUCCGAAACAACAUUGAAUGGGGUGUCAUGCGCGCAGAGGAGCAGAGGCGCAAAAAGGACUCUCUUGCACCGGACCCAGUGCGCACAGAGCCGGAGAGCGACACUGACCUGGAGCAGGUCCUGCAGUUCCACCUGAGGGGCUUGCAUGGGGUCCUGUCCAAACUUACAAGCCAAGCCAACAACCUGACCAACAGAUACAAGCAGGAGAUUGGCAUUGCUGGCUGGGGACAAUGAACUUCAUCAGGGUCCACACAUGAUUAUCUAUUCUGAUCUAGUAUGAUCUAUUUUGCAUUCGUGGAAGAGCCUGAAGGGACUGACAGAACACUAAAGUUGGAAGGCAAACCAAGAGGGGAAGUGGUUUUGUUUUAGUAUUGACCUGGUGUUGAUCACCGAUGAUCACAUUUUAUUUGCACUGCCAGUUUUUUCCUGUUUAAUAUAUAUAUAUAUAUAUAUGUAUUAAUUAUAUAUCUCCAUUCACAUGGCUGCCUGCCAUACCUUACCUUGAUAUUUAAAUGUAUUUAUGUAUUAUGUACAAUUGAAAACUUUUAUUUUCCAUACUCUUCAAUGUUCAAGUGGAAAACUGUUGUAUUAUGAUGUUCCUGUAACAUGUUCCAGUGGACACACAAACCUACCAAGUGUUUUCACUGAUGACUUAAUAGGAAUUGAGUGUUUGAUAGUUUGUGUAUGUGAGAACAGCCAUAGAUAGAUCUGUAAAGAAGGCCUGGAACAUUUCCUGCUAAUGACUCGAAACUAUCUGUGAAUCAUCCUGUGAAUCAAUGAUGUGGAAUGCUCUGAAAAUCUCUGCAUGAGGGUGUCAUGAUGAGCUCCAUGAGAUUCUUUUCCAUAUUGUGCCAUGAUGCCAGUAUGAUUAUUUUAUUGCUAUAUUUUAUGCUGUUUUUGUUUUAACUAAAUAAACUUUUGUAAAUUGAUUUUUGUCUUUCACGGUCAUGCUGUUUA